AAUACCAAGUGGAGAGUAGAUACAAUUAUUAUUAUUAUUUAUUAUUAAGGGAAUAAAAAUUAGACAUAGCAACUCAGAAAGUCAGUCAGCAGAGUCAGUAGUUGUUUAUUUAAACUAUGAUUUCGUAAAAGGCAAUUGAUCAGUUUGGGUGAAUUGGUAGAGAAAGUUUCUUGAGAGGGAAAAAAAAGAAAAAAAAAAAAAAAAAGAGCUCUUUGAACAUCAUCUGAUCUUGUCUGCAAUUACAACUUCCAACUUCAUGGCGGCACUAGAUUCGGCUUCCUCCUCCUCCUCUGUUGCCUCCACAGUUGGAUCUUCCAGUUACGAUGUGUUUCUCAGCUUCAGGGGUGAAGAUACUCGCUAUAACUUCAUUUGUUUCCUUUACAAAGCUCUGAAAGAUGCAGGAAUCGAUGUCUUUCUUGAUAAUGAAAACUUGUGGACCGGAGAAGUAAUUGGCUCAACCCUCCUUAGAGCGAUAAAGGGGUCAAAAAUCUCGAUCCCUGUCUUCUCUAAAGGUUAUGCACAUAGCAAAUGGUGCUUGCAGGAACUUGCUCAGAUAUUUCAGUGCUACAAAUCCAAUGGUCAAAUUGUCUUGCCCAUAUUCUUUCACGUUGACCCAUCACAUGUUCGGAACCAGACCAAAAGUUUUGAAGAAGCGUUUAGGAAGCACAAGGAGAUUUUCGAGGCCGAUAUAGUAAUGAGUUGGAGGGAAGCUUUGAGAGAGGUCGGGAAUUUGAAAGGAGAAGUUCUCAAAGAAACUAUGAAUCCAGCAGAGUUAGUUGAUUCAAUUGUCAAAAGGGCCCUGAGUGAAUUGGUUGGUAGCACGCAUUUGACUGAGUGUGAGUACCGUAUUGAUAUGGAUUCCAGAAUAAAUGAUCUGCUAUCAUUGUUAAAUAUUGGCUCUGAUGAUGCUCUAUUCGUGGGAAUCUGUGGUUUUGGUGGCAUCGGGAAGACAACUAUUGCCAAGGCUGUCUACAAUAGGAUCUUUCCAACCUUCAAUAGGCACAGUUUUCUUUCAGAUGUUAGAGAACAAGCAACACAAUGCAAGGGUGUAGUGUCUCUGCAGAAGCAACUUCUUAAAGAUAUUUUCAAAAGAGACUAUGACAUUGAAGAUUUAGAUAGAGGAAAGAAAUUAAUAGAAGAAAGAGUUUGUAAAGAAAAAGUUUUUCUUGUUCUUGAUGAUGUGGAUAGUAAAGAACAGAUUGGUGCUUUGGCUGGUGGGCUCAAUUGGUUUGGUCAAGGAAGUCGGGUCAUAAUCACAACGAGAGAUGAAAAUAUUUUGAACAUAGCUAAAGUCAGUACAGCUAAAAUAUAUAGACCCCCAUUUCUAGAUCAUGAGAAUUCUCUUCAACUAUUUUGUUGGCAUGCCUUUCAAAGCAAACAACCUCCUGAAGAAUAUAUGCAACUCUCACGUGAUGUGGCAAUACAUUCUGAAGGGUUGCCUUUAACUCUAGAGGUGUUUGGGUCUUACCUAUCAGACCUAAACGACAAAGAUGAAUGGGAAAGUACAUUACAAAUAUUGAAAGAAAUUCCUCCUGAAAAAGUCCAGAGAAGGUUGAAGAUAAGCUAUGACAACCUAGAAAACAAUUAUCAAAAAGCCAUAUUUCUUGAUUCUGCAUGUUUUUUCAUUGGAUGGGAGAAAGAAACUCUAAUUUCCAUAUGGGAAGGUUGUGGCUAUCAUCCAAAAUCAGCACUAUGCAAAUUAAUUAAAAGAUCCCUUCUAAAAUUUGUAGAUGGUUGGAAUGGUGAAUGCUUGGCAAUGCAUGAUCAUAUUCGAGAUAUGGGAAGAGAAAUUGUCUUAGAAGAAAGCCGUACGGAGCCGGGAAAACGUAGUAGGUUAUGGUCUGAUGGUGAAAUCAUGGAAGUACUAGAAGAACAUAAGGGGACUAAUAUGAUAGAAGGAAUGAGUCUCCGCUAUCACUCAAAGACGCCCAUUGAGUUCACUAGUGAACCUUUUAAGAUGAUGCCUAAUAUAAGAUUUCUUGACAUUAGUUCAACAAACUUUGUGGGAGACCUUUCACAAUUUCCCUCUGCGUUAAGAUGUUUAGAGUGGAAACACAUACCUACAGAUACUUUACCUACCAAUUUCUAUCAUAAGAGAUUAGUUUAUCUCAACCUAUCGGAUAGCCGUAUUGAACAUGUUUGGAAUAUCAAACCUCAAGAUGAAAAUCAGGGAUUCCAAAAUUUGAAAGUUCUCAAUCUUGGUAACUGUGAACAUUUAUCUAAGUCCCCAGACUUUUCAUGGUUUCCUUAUUUGGAGAAAUUAGAUCUUCAACGCACAUCUUUGGAUGGGUUAGAUGAAUCCAUCGGACAGUUAAGUCAGCUCAAAGAGAUUAUUCUCGAUUCGUGCGAUUCAUUCAAGAAGUUGCCCGAGUCCAUUGGUGAUCUAAAAUCUCUAGUCAAGCUUGACUUGACGAAAACACAAAUAGAAGAACUCCCAGACAGCAUUUCCAGGAUGAGCUCUCUCAAAGAGCUUAUUCUCAUUUUUUGCAUCUCACUCAAGAAGUUGCCUCAGUCCAUUGGUGAUCUAAAAUCUCUAGUCAUGCUUCACUUGACGGGUACACGAAUAGAAGAACUCCCAGACAGCAUUUCCAGGAUGAGCUCUCUCAAAGAGCUUAUUCUCACUAUUUGCAUCUCACUCAAGAAGUUGCCUCAGUCCAUUGGUGAUCUAAAAUCUCUAGUCAUGCUUGGCUUGACGGGUACACGAAUAGAAGAACUCCCAGAUAGCAUUUCCAGGAUGAGCUCUCUCGAAGAGCUUAUUCUCGAUUUCUGCCGUUCAUUCAAGAAGUUGCCCGAGUCCAUUGGUGAUCUAAAAUCUAUAGUCAUGCUUGACUUGACAUAUACACAAAUAGAAGAACUCCCAGACAGCAUUUUCAGGAUGAGCUCUCUCAAAGAGCUUAUUCUCGAUUCGUGCUGUUCAUUCAAGAAGUUGCCCGAGUCCAUUGGUGAUCUAAAAUCUCUAGUCAAGCUUAGGUUGGGGGAUACAAAAAUAGAAGAACUCCCAGACAGCAUUUCCAGGAUGAGCUCUCUCAAAGAGCUUAUUCUCAAUUCGUGCCGUUCAUUCAAGAAGUUGCCCGAGUCCAUUGGUGAUCUAAAAUCUCUAGUCAAGCUUGACUUGACGGGUACAGAAAUUGAAGAACUCCCAGACAGCAUUUUCAGGAUGAGCUCUCUCAAAGAGCUUAUUCUCAAUUCGUGCCAAUCAUUCAAGAAGUUGCCCGAGUCCAUUGGUGAUCUAAAAUCUCUAGUCAAGCUUGACUUGAUGGAUAUAGAAACAGAAGAACUCCCAGACAGCAUUUCCAGGAUGAGCUCUCUCAAAGAGCUUAUUCUCAAUUCGUGCCAAUCAUUGAAGAAGUUGCCCGAGUCCAUUGGUGAUCUAAAAUCUCUAGUCAAGCUUGACUUGAAGGAUACAAAAAUAGAAGAACUCCCAGACAGCAUUUCCAGGAUGAGCUCUCUCAAAGAGAUUAUUCUCGAUUCGUGCCAUUCAUUCAAGAAGUUGCCCGAGUCCAUUGGUGAUCUAAAAUCUCUAGUCAAGCUUGACUUGAGGGGUACACAAAUAGAAGAACUCCCAGACAGCAUUUUCAGGAUGAGCUCUCUCAAAGAGCUUAUUCUCAAUUCGUGCCAAUCAUUCAAGAAGUUGCCCGAGUCCAUUGGUGAUCUAAAAUCUCUAGUCAAGCUUGGCUUGGCGAAUACACAAAUAGAAGAACUCCCAGACAACAUUUCCAGGAUGAGCUCUCUCAAAGAACUUAUUCUUCUUUAUUGCGAAUCACUCAAGAAAUUGGGCGAUGGUGUUGGAGUAUUAGAGAAGCUUGAGAAAUUAGAUUUGACAGGUUGUACUGAACUAGUGAAGCUACCAAGAUCAAUGGGAGGAAUGAGAUGUUUAGUUAGCAUUAACCUGAAUAAAAUGAAAAUUACUAAAUUUCCUGAUGAUUUUUCAAUGCCCCCAAAUUUAGUGAAGCUGGAAAUCAAUUCACUGAGGAGGCUUGAAUCCUUCCAAGUCGAUAUGUCACCCUUGGAAACCUUGAAGGAAUUAAAGAUUCAUGAAUGCGAGAAGUUGGAAUACCUCCCGGAGCUUCCCUCAAGUUUAGUUGAACUUUGUUGUGAAAAUUGUGUUUCAUUGGUACAACUUCCAGAUUUGUCAAAGCUGAAAAAUUUGACAACAGUAAAGCUUAUGUAUUGUAAAAAGCUAGAGGAGAUUUCAGGCCUUGAGGGAAUAGAAUCGUUGGAAGAAAUGGAUGCGCGAGACUGUUAUAACUUGACACAUACUCCAAAGAAGAUACAGGGAACGCUUUUACCAUUCAACAGGUCAUUGGAACUUAGUUAUAAUUAUUCCUUGACCGCCAAUGAUGGGAUCUAUAAUAAUGGGUUAAUUCUUUGCCUUGUUUUGGAAGCUGGUGGUUAUUUCCAGGACAUAAGUAUAGAUAUUUUCGCUCGUAUCUACAAAAUAGAUAAAAAAAUCAGGUGCUUUCAUAGUCUCAGAAUUAAGGAUAUCGAGUAUGCAACUGAGCGAGAUACAAUCUACAUUCACCGUUUCAAAGGCUUUGAUUGGUUUGGGAUUCCGUUGCAAGAAAAAGAUGCCAUUGAGAUUUUAGAUAUCAGUACAUACAACAGCGCCACUGUGAAAUUCUGUAAGGUAUUGUUCAAGAACGGGGAACCUGACCAGAAAAUCCCUAAUUGGAGUACCUCAAUGGUAGCAGAUUUAUUCAAUUGGCCAUAUGUGUACGACGAUGGUGGAGCAAUGACAUUAAAUUAUUGGCCCAACCUACAAGAUUUCUUGAGUUGUAUAGGAUUUGACCCUGUUUCUGAAGUAGUGGGGAACGAAGAAGAGAUUCAGAGUCUUCAAGACAACGAUGAUGAGGCAUCAGGUCCUCCUUCUCUAAGCCUGAGCUUAACAUGCUGGCCACAAGAGGAGGUUGAAGGAUCAAAUUAUGUUCCUACAGAAAAAGAGGAGAAAGAGGAAGUGUUAACGAGGGCUACAAGAAACUACAAGGACGAGGAGGCAUCAUCAUGUUCAUACCUUCUUACCCUGGCUUUAACAACAUCGUCAUCACCACCACCACCACCACCAUCACCAUGUGUAGUAUUGGCAUCUCCCUCUGACAAUGACAAUGACAAUACCGAAGAAGAAAAGGAGAGGAAUAACAUUUUCCAUACAGUGGAUUUCUUGAGUUGUUUAGAUUCUGUUUCUCAUGUAAUGGUGGAAGAUGGAGACAUGUUGAGGCCUAGCAAGAGACAUCGUCUUCCUGAUCUCAACGAUGAUGAGGCAACUGGUCCUUCUCUUAGCCUGGCUUUGAAUAGCGAGGUUAAUCACCCAACAAAUGAUGAACAAACAUGCAAUGCUACUGCCAUAAUGGUGGAAGAUGGAGAGAUGUUGAGGCCUAGCAAGAGACCUCGUCUUCCUAAUCUCAAUGAUGAUGAAGCAACGGGUCCUUCUCUUAGCCUGGCUUUGAAUAGCGAGGUUAAUCACCCAACAAAUGAUGAACAAACAUGCAAUGCUACUGCUGUAAUGGUGGAAGAUAGAGAGAUGUUGAGGCCUAGCAAGAGACCUCGUCUUCCUGAUCACAACGAUGAUAAGGCAACGGGUCCUUCUUUUAGCUUGGCUUUGAAUAGUGAGGUUAAUCACCCGACAAAUGAUGAACAAGCAAGCAAUGCCACUAGAAAUGGCUCCGAUUAACCUCGAACUCUAUAUUGGUCAAUUUGAUGAUUCCUAGAAAUGGCUACGGAGGAUUCAUUUUUCUAGCAAUAUGUUACUGGUAUGAACACCAAGCACAACCAAGUCAGUUGAAUGAGAAUCUUCUUACAUUCUAAUCUAACCUUUCUAUGGGAUCCUUGUUGCAGCAACCAAAUCUACUUCCCCGACAAGAUCAUGGGGUGGUGCCUUUCUUCAACUGAAAUAUUCUCUGUUGGAUCAGGAUCAACUUAAUAUGUAAUAACUCAAAUGUCCUUGCAGAUGCCAACACUGACAUCAGGGAACUAUCUGAAGCUUUGCCAGCAGGACAAGAUGCAGACACCCCUCCAAGAGGCUGGAACUCAUAUGACUCCUUUUCUUGGAUCAUAUCAGAAGAAGACUUCCUAAGAAAUGCAGAAAUCAUCUCUCACAGUCUAC